AUGCAUCCUGCCGAUGCAAUAAACCACGCGUCCAACCUGAGCCUCGACUACGAUGGCAUCCGCAUCGUGUAUCCCAACACCACCUUUGGGCCAGGGCUCGGUGAGGAUCUCGAGGCAGAGGCGGAAGCACUGCUCGAUGAGAUCUCCGCAAUGCCGAUCCUCAAGAUGGUGGAGAGAGCAGAGCCAGAUCACGAGGAGCUCAGCGAGCACGUCGAGGCAGGCUCACCUGACCGGCUCACCUGA